AUUUGUGGAUUGAUGUUAACACUGCCCCAGUCCAUGAUAUACUUGCUCUGUGGACAGAGAGCUCUUUGGUCUCUGGGGCUACCAACCCAGGCACUGAUUUUGAGUUGGUAUUGCCAGAGGCUGGCGAAGUCCAUUGCAUAGAACACCAGUAUAUUCUCUCACCUGUGAAAGUGAUGGGAGGGUGUUCCAGUCAGCUUCCACCGCUUCACCAGGGUUGUUGCAUCUCUCAAGUCAGAUGUUUGGUUUAUGGACCGGACGGAGGUUCCCUUGUACCAGGGUCGCCGUGUUCCUGCCAAACUGAAAGGCGAAUCAAAAACAGGAGACGGAGGCAUAACAAGAUCAGUGGCCAGAAAAUGAAGUCAGUGAAUUCCAAACUAGAAACAGGACCCUUUUUUUUUUUUUUUUUUUUUUUUUAAACACUGAUAGUUGAAAAGACAACUGACUACCCUUCCGCUGAAUACUCUCUGGUGGAGGAUGUAGCCCUCCACUUCACGUGUUUGAUGGACAGACUGAACGAGCAGCGCCUGUUUCAGCCAGACCUGUGCGACGUGGACAUCGUCCUAGUUCAGCAGAAGAGCAUCUUCCCUGCCCACAAGGGGGUCCUUGCCGCCUACAGCCAGUUCUUCCACUCUCUCUUCACCCAGAACAAACAGCUGCAGCGGGUAGAGCUCUCCCUGGAGGCCUUGACUUCCCAAGGCCUCCAGCAGAUCCUCAACUUCAUCUACACCUCCAAGCUGCUGGUGAAUGCCUGCAAUGUGCAGGACGUCCUGAACGCCGCCGCCGUGCUGCAGAUGAACAACAUUGCCUCGUCCUGCCAGGAGCUCAUCAACACCAGGUCCCUCAGCCUGGCCAUGGCCAGUAACAUGGCCCUGCCCCCCGAUGCCUGCGGCAACGCCGUCCCCCCGCCGUACUACUGCGAGAUUAAGCAAGAGGUGGACUCUCCGCAUCCCAAGAUCUACGCCCGAGAAGGUACUGAUCCCUACUCGGUGCGAGUAGAGGACAGGGUGGGUGGAGGCGGCAACCAGCACCUCCCAACCGUGGCUGCCAAGCAGUAUUACAAGGAGGAGAAGGACGGUGGCCUGGCCAGCAUGUGUAAAAUAGAGGGUGGGGAGUCAGAGGAGGAUCUGGACAGCCAGGGCUCUUACAAUCGGGAGCAGAUCAUUGUGGAGGUGAACCUCAACAACCAAACCCUCAAUGUCUCCAAGGGGACGGAAGGGAAGCCCACCGCCAAUGAAGCUGCCGCCAUGAUCACCCGACCAGACGGGGAUGGACGUGACACCGAGGAGGAAGGGGAGGAGGAGAAUGAGGAAGUGGGGGAGGAGGAGGAGGAUGCUGAGGUGGGGGAGGAGGAAGAGGAGGAGCACAGCGAAGAGGAAGACCUGGAGGAGACCACCGAGGAGGAGGAGGAGGAAGAGGAGGACGACGAAGAGGUGUCUGAAGUGAAAAGGGAAAAAUCUGGGCAGCCCCGCAGGGGGAGCAGGUCGUCCAAGGCCACCAAGUCCACCAUGUCCACCAGGUCCCAGGAUCUAGCCAAGGUGGUGGAGGAAGAGGAGGGCCAGCGUGGUAGGAAGAGGAAAAAGGAGCAGGAUGGGCUGGGCCCAAAAGUCAAGCUGGAGGAGAAGCAGCAAUACCCCUGCAAGAAGUGCCCCCGCGUCUUCAACAACCGCUGGUACUUGGAGAAGCACAUGAAUGUCACCCACAGCCGCAUGCAGAUCUGCGACAAGUGUGGCAAGCGCUUCCUGUUGGAGAGCGAGCUCCUGCUGCACCACCAGACGGACUGCGAGAAGAACAUCCAGUGUGUGACAUGCGGGAAAGCGUUUAAGAAACUCUGGUCUCUCCACGAACACAAUAAAAUUGUCCAUGGCUACGCGGAGAAGAAGUUCUCCUGCGAAAUCUGCGAGAAGAAAUUCUACACCAUGGCACAUGUGCGGAAACACAUGGUUGCUCACACCAAGGAUAUGCCAUUCACAUGUGAGACGUGUGGGAAGUCAUUCAAACGCAGCAUGUCCCUGAAAGUCCAUUCUCUUCAGCACUCUGGAGAAAAGCCUUUUAAAUGUGAGAACUGCAACGAGCGGUUCCAGUACAAGUACCAGUUGCGCUCUCACAUGAGUAUCCACAUCGGACACAAGCAGUUCAUGUGCCAGUGGUGCGGGAAGGACUUCAACAUGAAACAGUAUUUCGAUGAGCACAUGAAAACGCACACAGGUGAGAAGCCCUACAUCUGCGAGAUCUGUGGCAAGAGCUUCACCAGCCGCCCCAACAUGAAGCGCCACCGCCGGACCCACACGGGAGAAAAGCCCUACCCCUGCGACGUGUGCGGCCAGCGUUUCCGCUUCUCCAACAUGCUCAAGGCCCACAAGGAGAAGUGCUUCCGGGUCAGCAACCCCCUGGCUUCGGACACCGCCAACCCCGCCAACAACGGCGGCAGCCUCUCCGCUCCCCAGGGUGCCACCUUGCCUCCCUUGGCGCAGCACCCCCACGCCCUCCCUCUGCCACUGCUCCACCCCCUACCCCCUCCUCCGCACCUGCCGCCCCCACCUCCCCUGUUCCCAGCCGGGCGGGUCAAUUCGAACAACUAGGCCAGUGGGGGCACGGACUGCUCUGCCACCCAGGGGGUGCCCAGCGGGCUGCUUGUUCGCAUGAUGCGGGGAGAAGGAGGGAGGUGGUUAAGUCUCUCUCUUUCGUUUUUUUUACCCCCCAUGGUUUUAUGAUGAGCCCGUCAGCCUUCCGUCGAAAGGACAGGUGCUCUGGGCCACAGCAAGCUCCCAGGCAGCUUGGCGUGCCAGCGUUCAAUCAGGGUGUAGACAAACGGCUCUUCCUUCCCUCCUCGUUCCAUGGCUUUAGCGUUUCCCAAACCCUGGUCAGACUCCUCCUCCCACCUCACUAAGCACUGUUUACCUCUGCCGUCUAGUGCACUAUUGUAUCAGGGUAGCCCUUGCCACAAUGUCUUCCCGCUUUCGUGUGUACCUGCAUGUUUCGUGCAAUUGCGUUAGACUAACCAAGUGCACAACUCGCGCUCAGCCCCAUCAAGCCAUUUCCACUAGUUCCUCACGGCAGCAGUAAGGUUUUUUUGGGUGUUUUUGUCUCAUGAGGCAGUACUUUUAGCUUUAGCUAUUAGUAACUUUUCCGCGAUGCAUCCUGUGCGAAAUGUUUAAUCAGGGUUCCGCCCCUCUUCAGUAUGCCGCUGAAACAACCUGAAAAGAGUACAGGUCCCAGCUUGCAGUGCUGUUCCAAAUGGCUUUCUGCUGGGAGAAGGAAGGAACAUAGCAUGCUGGGAGCUGUAGUCUUUGCUUGCUACGCCUCUGUGGUAAAGGUAAGGGUUGCCACAUUGCACUCUUUGGGAUGUCUGUAGUGCUGUCAGAGCUGUCACUGAGCCGCCUGUCGACGUACCUGAGCGAGCUUUGAGCUAGCUAGCUUGAAGAACACUCGCAGUGAAACUGCAGGGGCAUGGGCUCUGCAAGCCCAUCCAGGGUCCUGACUAGGUACUCAAACAGCUAGUCUGUAUUGCCGUAGCAUCACCUCUGUUGUUAUUGGAUCUAGCUAGAUCAAAGCUAGCCUUUGGCAUGCCUACAUGUGCUGCCCUCUGAUUGCAGUGUAGACCAACCCUUUGGUAAUCCUGCUCUACACCGAAAUGGAACUUUCAGCCCAAAUCAUCAUCCUCUGGGAAAACGGCACAAGGCAUGGGCACACACAGAUGCACGGGAACUAGACUCCCUUUGAGAUUGGCCAGCGGGCUAUUUCACACAGUGAGUCAGCCAUAGGAAUAAUCACAAGGAAAGGCAGAGAUGCUACAUUAUUCUGUGCAUUAUGGGCGGAGGGGGGUUUCUAAGUGACACAGGCUAUGAAAACAAAGGAUGGUAAUAUUUCAUGGCAGCUAUGCAGAUUAGAGGCAGUGGCUGUUAUAGGUAAUCUAGUGUAUUUGUGCUUAAGCCCGUCCCUUGUUCUGAGAGGCUGGUGCCGCAGGAGAGAUCUUUCGAUGAGUUCACCACUUCAUUACAGGAAUCCAAGCCAGGUUAGGGAGGACGAGACGUUACCACUAGCUGGCAUCUCCAGUGGCCCACAUGACAUGAGUUAAGGGGCUGUGUGUUCGUGGGCAGUGGCCCAUGUCUCAAAACCCACCAUCACAGCCUGCUCUCGUUAGCAGCCCUUGUUAUGUCUUCACUCCCAACUGGGAUUCCACACCCCGCCCCCCACUUCCUCUGCAAUUUCUUAGACUAAAGCCCCAACCCAGACAGCUGGGUUUAAUAAAAGGAUUCAUUAGCUGGAUAUGAUUUUUUCCCCCAAAGGGGUUAAGACCCAUGAUAAUCCCAACUCCGGUGCUAGAAAUGAGCUCCAUAUUUCUAGGAGGCGGACUGGAGCUGUCUGUGGCCCUGCUCAUGGAGCUGCAGUGUUCCCAUGGUGAGUGCUCCAUUGGUCUUUAGACUAAAAGAGAGGUUGGAAAGUUGCUCCACUCCAGCUGAACGGAGCAGCAGGAUCUAGUCCUAGGCUGAACUUCCCUGGAAGUUGCUCUUCAUAAUAGUGCCUUACAGUUACUGAAAGUAAGCUCCCGGUGUGUGCUUGGGAGUCUGGUUAGCCUGAAGUCUGCACAUCAGAUCUGAUAACUUGCCUAUAGUACCAAGGAAGGGCAGUGGCUCAGCUCCUUCAAUCUCCUUUUCCUCCUUUCAUGUCUUAUCUGAUAGGCCCUCGGCCCCAGUACUUAACUCUCCUGUAAGAGUCUAGUUUUACCUUCAGUCACAGCACACAAAGUGAGCCUUUGUACACAGGGAGUGCAUAUGAGGACUUUAACAUGGAGUUGGCAACUAAAGUUCAGUGGCCCUCUAGUCAGAGGCUGCCUUAUCGGUGAAGGGGCCUGGCAAGAAGGACAAGCACCUUUAUAAAAUGUUGCAAACCCAUGUGAGCUUCAGGCCCGGCAAAUUUAACUCCCUCGCCUGGCUCCAGGAUACUGCUUGACUGAUGUGGGAUUGUGCCACGUUACUUUGAGUGCCAUUUCAGGCUAGGGAAGCCUUUUUGCAUUGGCCUCUAGGGGGAGAUAGCUCAGGCCAAUGAAGUUCAGCCGAACAGUACCGAUCCCAGCCUCUGCUGGCUCUGUCUGAAGCUGCAUCAUUCAUGUGGGCUUUUCUGUCUCUUACACUGACAAUUUUCAUCUUGCAUUUCACUUAUUAAGGAGUGUUUUGCGCUUGUGGAGUACAGCUUAUAACCCUGAUGGCAGGUGCCAUCAUCACGGAAUGGCAGAUCAUUUAGGCCCUGUCUAGAAUGGCUUUUUUGUUACCUGCCAUGGCCUAAAAGUGGGGCUCGCACUUGUGUGACUUACCCCAGGAUAAGCCCUGUUUUUCAGCAGGGCGGUGUCUGUACUUCAGAAGGUUGCAACGGUGUAACCACACUGAUGUAAUUACUCUAGUCUAGUGGCUUUCCCUAGUCCAGACAAGCCCUCAGGGCUAGAUCCUGCAAGACUCUAAGCACCUCCUAGAAGGCACCUUCAGCUCCCAUUGGUGUGUGUUGGAGGGUAUUUUGUACCAUUCUAAGAGCUGCUCAGCACCUUGCAGAGUGGCAGAGGGCAGUGCUGACUGUGGUCAUUUUAUUGCCCCUUACGUGACUACUUAUGGUCCCAGUGUGUGGUGGAGCAGGAUCUAGGAGAAAAGAACUUUGGCCAGAUUCAUCAUUGGCAAUGUGAGCACUGCCAUUGGGAUAUGAAAAAGGGAAGCAGGAGGGAGAAGACACGUAGUCAGGUGAAGAAGCCCUUUCUUGUUAGCAAUUUGUUCUGUUGGCUUUAUAGCUUCAGUCGAGACACCUACAUGCAUGGGGAUUCUGAGCCACGUCUGGCUAAGGCAGAAGCUGCAAUGGCGUGUCCUUAUAGCCCCAACUCAUCAAAGCAUUUAAUACAUGCUGAAGGCCAUCUUUAUUUAACAGCCAUGUGUUUAAGCCUCCCUGAAGUCAACGGGAUUUAACCAUGCGCUUAAAGUUAAGCAUGAGCUUAAGUGCAUUGCUGACUAGGGCUAGACUAGUCAUUUGUGACUUUAAAUGACUGACCCACUUUAAAAUGACUGAUUCAUUCACUCCUGCUUGGCAUACCAAGCGCACCUCCAGUGCUGCCCCCCACACCUGGCACCUCCUUGUUCGAGCACCAGCUGGCAUUGAAAGGCACAACGCUUUUCACAUCCAUUGACCACUUCUCUCGCCUGUGUCAGCCGCAGCCUCUAUACUGCAAUCAGUUAAUGUCGUGUAUUGCAAAUUCUGUACUCGCAGACAGUCUGGUUCUGCUUCAUGUAAAGUGAGGCGGCCGCUGAAUGGGCUGCCGGUAUGGCUGUGAGCACCUUGCAGCUUCUCGGAUCAGUGGCAGAUAUCCCAUGGGACAGGGUGUCCAACUCAGCUGCUUCCACAGGUCCAGCGUCCUGGGUUUUGUUAGGACUGUCCAACAUCUUUCAGAUAUCACAUGUGUCUGCAAGGAGACCUGAUGGCUCAAGAGCUUGGCAAUGAGCUAAGACAUUCAGGCAUUUAGGUCACUGGUGUGAACCCAGCUCACUUUGGUCAUGACUGGAAAGUCUUAUCCUCUGAAGAUGGCUGGCUGAAGGCCUAUGCCAUAGGGGGUUUGAUGGUCUCAUCCCAGUGACUCGGUGUUCAUGUCAUUAAAAGCCACCUCCAUCAUUGUCCCUCUUGCCUAGCCCUUGUGGGCAGUCUCAACAGAGGUCAUGGAAAGAAAGGGCCGUGUGCAUUGAUUUCCCCUGCCACUCUUACUCUUCCACAUCAGGGUUGCGGCAGGUGAACAGGGCGCCGUGAGGAAAGGUAGCACUGCCCGAAAUGGGGCUGUUCCGUGGCCAGAAAAUGUCAGCCUCCAUGGCCGAGAAACCGGUCCCUUUCCCCAGCACUGAAUCUACUCGCACAAAUGCACACUAUCCAAAAAGGAAAGUCAUUAAUUGCCUAGAAUCUGAUCAGAAUCGCUCACUUCUCCCCUAGCCUGCUGCAGUUUCUCAGUGUGCCUGUCUCAGGGGUCUUUUCUUCCCCACAAGCGGGGGUAAAUCCAGUGGGAUGCCGUCAGUGUAUGCAAAAAAUGCAUUGCAUGCACAACCGGCUGUGCAUUGUCUAACUGGCAAUCCGUGGGAUGUCCCCCCGGGAGACCCCAUUCUGUAAAACAAGAUGGCAUCCUCCGUCCAGUGUGCUCUCGCACAUGCGAGGUCACGGCACAUGGAGGGCGCUCUUUUGGUUUGCCUAAGAUGUGCAAGUGAGUUGUUGCAUGUCUUACUAAAUCUGCCACAGCACGCCACUAGGGGACCUGGACGUGACCCCACCGAAGCCAGCGUCAAACAGGUGUAAUCGGGAGGAAAAUUGCGCCACUUGGUGAUACGGCUGCUGCAGCUGCCCUGCUUAGACCCAGGCGCAUAAAGAACCCAUCCAUGCCUGUUUGCCCAUUUGGAUUCAUUUUAAAAUGUUGCCCAGAGAGCAGCCUGGAGACAGCAGAGCAGGGCAUGCACAUGAACCCCUGGGGAGCCAGAUUCCUGGUGCCCCAAGGCCAGGACAGAGAGACACCUCCAGGAAUCCUGCGCCGUCUCCAACCCUUUUGUCUACACCCUUAUUGAGUCUAAAUGUGUCGAUUUGGGUAUUUUUGCGACCGUACCAAGAGUUGAAGCAAAUGGUUCCAGAAGCGUAUUGGCCCAUGUUCGUCCCUGGUAGAACUACUACAAAGCCUCUUGAGUUCGACCAGGGGAGAAAUUUGGCCUGUUGUUUUCAAGCAUUUUAUUCUUUGAAUUCUUGCACCUUAACCCCUCACAUCCCUCCUACAAUGCGCCAUGAGUGUGAGAGGGGCUUUAUUUCCACUAGCAGUUAAUGAACGUUCAGCAAACUACUCUGUGCACACACACACCCCCCUGCCCUCUCCCCCAGCCUCAUUUUCUUGUGUUGAACCUGCAGGGAGGGGGCAAUUUCCCAGGAGCCUGAUAGCCCAGACCAGUUUGCCUCAUAGUGUUCAUAAAGCAGGGCUGGCCCCCUGGCCGACAGCCAUAACAAGAACGCAGCCAGAGGGGUGAUGGACUGAGAUGGCUGUGACACAGUGCAAUAGCAAAUUGGCAUCAGCUGCUGGACAACCUUGAUUUUUAACUCUUUGCAGACAGACAAAUACCUUUGGUCCACAUGGAUGGAAGCCGCUUUCCAGCACAGCCCUGCCUAGAGGCACGUCAUCCAUGAAGGGAAGGGUUGGGUAGAACCUAAUAAAAGAACAAAGGCAGUAACAUGGAACUUGAAGGAAACAAAUGGACAGAAAAAACCCACAAGCACUUCACUUGCCUCAAACUAGUUUCUAAUGCCUGACGUUUGGCUGUGUAUUAUUUUAUGGCAUUCAGUAUCUGUUGCCCAAAUAUGCCAAGUAAAGAGUGUAUCAGUGGCUCUACUAAUUGUGAACAAAAUAAAUGAAGCACUUUAUUCUGUGUAGAUAUGGGGAAGGGGGUUGGGGGAGUUUGGAUGCUUUCCAAAAGCAUCUUAAGUAAUGUUCUAGGAAAUGUAUUAUUACAACUUUUUUUUUAAUGACCAGGUGUAAUCAAUAUAUGUUUAUCUUUAA